AUGGAUGAAAACCAGACAGAAGUGGUGAAAGAAUUUGUCCUGGCAGGUUUCUCACACACAUCAUCUAUUGAAGCAGGGCUAUUUGUAUUAUUUCUUUUCUUCUAUGUGUCCACUUGGGUGGGCAAUGUCCUCAUCAUGGUGACAGUGGCUUCUAAUAGGUACCUAAAUACAUCACCUAUGUAUUUCCUUCUUGGUAACCUCUCAUUCCUGGACCUGUGCUACUCAACUGUAACUACCCCUAAGCUUCUGGUUGACUUCUUUCAUGAGGAAAAGCUCAUUCCCUACAAGCAGUGCAUCAUGCAGCUUUUCUUUCUGCAUUUUGUAGGGGCUGCUGAAAUGUUCCUCCUCACGGUGAUGGCUUAUGAUCGCUAUGUUGCAAUCUGUCGUCCACUGUACUACACCACUAUCAUGAGUCGAGGACUGUGCUCUCUGUUGGUAGCUGCUUCAUGGAUGGGAGGAUUUGUGCACUCCAUUGUCCAGACCAUUCUUACUGUCCAUCUACCCUUUUGUGGGCCAAACCAGGUGGACAACUUCUUUUGUGAUAUUCACCCUGUCAUCAAACUUGCCUGUGCGGAAACCUUUGUCAUUGAAUUGCUAAUGGUGUCUAACAGUGGGCUGAUAUCUACCAGCUCCUUUGUGGUGCUGAUCUCUUCCUACACUACUAUUUUAGUUAAGAUUCGCUCCAAGGAGGGAAGACGAAAGGCACUCUCCACUUGUGUUUCUCACCUCAUGGUGGUAACACUCUUUUUUGGACCCUGCAUUUUCAUCUAUGCUCGCCCUUUCUCCACAUUUUCUGUGGACAAGAUAGUAUCUGUACUCUACAAUGUCAUUACCCCCAUGUUAAACCCCCUCAUCUACACACUUCGGAACAAAGAGGUCAAGUCAGCCAUGAGGAAGCUUUGGGACAGAAGUGGACUUGGGGAAAAAGCAGGAGACACAAGGCAGGGAAGUUUUUGA